GAGGAAACCAACUUGUGCAACUUUUUCACUACGCAUUUGUUCCAAACGUUGAUUUGGACUUAAAACUUUGUACAAAAUGGGGAAAGCUAGCAAAGCUACGAAGAAGUUUAACAAAAAUCAUUUAAAGGAUACUCUUCAGCGAAGAAGACAAUUGGCGAAAGCAAAGAGAAGUCAUGAAUCAAAAACGAAGAAAUCUCUACCGACUGAAGAUGGAAAGCGAACCUUCGAUGAUCCAAACAGACAGUUUCAAAGGGAAGAUGUGUCUGAGCUUUACGCUAAGUUAGAUCCCUCGAAGGCUGCCUCGCGUAAGAAUGAGAAUCUAGUGAAAAAGCAAGAGCACGCGCAUAUAGGCAACGGUAAAGAAAAGACGUCUGAAGACCAGUUUUCAGGGUACUCAAUAAAACAACUUGAAGCUGCCAUAGCACUGUGUCAAAAGUUGUCUGGUACUUCACAACCUGAUUCUUUAAUAUCGCAUGUACCUCAAGAAUUGAAUGAGAAGCUGACAAAGAUGGAUUUUGACCAGCGUUCUAUCUUUUUACAGGAUUGUCGGAAGAGUUUUGCCAGUUCCCUGUUAGAUGAGGUUAUAUCUUCUAGGGGCAAUAUACAGAUUCUAUCGUCUGUUGGGGAAGUUGUCUCACAUAUCAAAAAUUUUUCGUCUUUUCCACCUAAUUUUAUUGCAAAGACUUGUCAGAUAUUCAUUUCUUAUCCAGAUUCUCGUGAACAAAUUCAAACGAUUAUAAAUAAUGUCUGUAAAGCUAGUCCUUCAUUAAUAGUGGCAACAUUCCAACACUUCUAUGUUCACUUGUUAUCAUUCUUCAAAUCGUCACCGAGUCAGAGUGAAAGUUUGGAUACCAUUGAGGAGAUGCAAUUAUUUUUGAUUGAACUACUAUCCUUGAGCCCUGACACUUGCAAAAAAAUAUUCCUAAGCUACACACAGCAACUCAACGUUCAUUUGCAGAACUGUUUAAAACAGGCCGAUAGCGUAGAUGCUCAUAAAUUAAUUUAUAAUUGGCAGUUCAGUUUGUCUCUGCAGUUUUGGUCCGAGGUAAUUUGUCUUUUAUGGGAAGAUCUUCAAAUUAUUUGCAAAGAGAUUUCUCCCCAGCUGAUUAAUCUUAUUUUGGAUACGACGAGACUUAUUCCAACAGAACAAUAUUAUCCUUUACGGUUGCGCCUUCUUUCUUCACUAGUUCGGAUAUGUAGAAGCACUCAUCUCUAUAUCCCGUUGUCUUCACAGUUCGUUGAAAUGGCACCCUUCUUUUUAAAAAAGAGCCGUAACUUAACUCGUGAGGAGGAUUCAACUUAUAACUUUGACGUUUUAACGACAUUACAUAUCCCCAAGGAAUGUCUAGCCUCCCAAACCUAUCGUAAGAAUCUUAGGAAAACAUACCUGUCAAUGAUGACGGAGUAUUUUGCAACUUUUUCCAAUUCUAUCGCAUUCCCUGAACUAGCUGUUCCAGUUAUUAGUCAGUUACGAAUUUUUGUUUCUCGUUAUACUUCUGAAAAUAGUAUAUCUCAGUUCUUGCAGAAGUUAGAGGAUACGUAUUCGUUUAUUCAACAGAAGCGAUUAAAUAUUGAAUUUACUCAGAAAGACCAUUCACAGGUAAUUGCUUUUGAGCGGGAUCUUGACUGGCGAAGCACACCUAUUGGCAAGUCUGUGAAAUAAUUAUAGAGCCAACGUCUAUGGCGGAGGAAAUAACUUUGAAAAGCAAAAAGAUAAUAUUCUUUACCCGUUUAGAGAUACUAAAUGGAAAAAGGGUUGGGUACAAAAUCAUUAGGUUAAUAAGUAUUACGGAAUUUGGAAGUUAAGUAUACUAAUAAAAAUACAAUAUAAUAAUCAUUUCUAGAUGGAAUUCAAAAGCUUAAUACAUUCAAUUGUCUAAGAGUUAUACAGUC